CAAACGUCAGUGUUAGGCCAAAAUUCAUAGAAUAAAUAAAUUGAAAAUUUGGAAAAAUUUGUGUAAAUCUUUCUGCGGUAGAGUCCUUGUGUUCCAGUGCAAAUAUGUGCAGUCCUUGCUGUAAGGCAUGCAAAGCUCCACCGGAAUGCUCCCGUUGUCCACCGAUGUGUUGCAGUCCGGGGAUUAGCUUCUGCAUUUUCGAUCUGGAGAGUGCGGUUUUUGACACUCGUCACGUUUAUCAGAGGGCUCUAAUUGAGCUGGCCUCGAGUUACAAUAGGACGGUACCCGAACAUUUGCUGAUCCAAAGCGGACCCAUGGAAACGGCUGAAAUGGCGGAGCUGAUUUGCCGGAAAUGCGAUUUGCCCGUGAGUUGGGAGAGUUUUCGCUAUCAGCUGAACGAACGCACCUCCGAUUUGAUUGCGAAUCCCACCUUGAUGCCUGGUGUUAUGCGACUGGUCACUCAUUUGCGUAAAUGUUGCAUGGGAUUGGGAUUGGUCACCUCCUGCUCGGAAUCGAUGUACUGCACCAAGAUCCGUGAUCGGGAGGACUUUUUCGAUAACUUCACAUCGGUGAUCUGUGCGGACGAUCCGGAGCUGAGGGCUUUCAAGCCGGAACCGGAUGUCUACCUGAUUGCCAUGUCCCGGCUGGGGGAUGCUGGACCGGAUUGCACCCUGGUCUUCGAUGGCACUCCCAAAGGAGUCCAGGCAGCCAGGGAUGCUCGAUUGGAAGUGGUGAUGCUGGCCGAGAAGGACCUUCCCUGCUGCUGGUCGGAGUUGGCCACCGUGCGUUUGGAAACCCUGGAGGAAUUCGAUCCCGAGGAGUUCAAUAUGCCGGCGUACAGCUGCACGGAACCGCCACCUAGAAAAUCCAAGGGAGCAAGUCGCCGAAGUUCCCAGAAAUCUGGAGGAAGUCGAAGGAGUUCCGCGGCAAGGAGAAAAGCUGCUGAAGAUGGGGCUGCAGAUGAGGGAGAAGAGGAAGAAGAUGAAGGCGAGGAAGUUGCCUAAACAAAUUUUUGUAUAUUUUACUGUAUUGCAGCUAGUAAGACUUAGUCAAUUUUACAUUAUACAAAAGUAAAUAUUAAAACUUUUAAGCCAUAAACAGUUAAUUGUGAUACUUUAACCACUUUUCAAUCAAUAAAGCCAUAAUCAUCAACUUAAA